AUUAUUUAACCGCUGUUGCAUUUGAUAGUUAACUAGUCAUAAUCAUCCGGCAAACACAACUAUUUCUAAUUGUUGUAACAAUCGAACAAAUCGUUUAUAACGCUUUAAACCGCAACCUUCUGCAUUUGGAAGCGCCCACGACUGUAUCCGCAACUGCUGCGGUUAGGCUCUUAAUAAAGUACUAUCAAGGAAUCGGAGAAAGUAUACAGAAAAUAAAUUAAUUUAACAUAUUUUUAUUUUCGCACUUCUGUAGGAAACCAUAUGAGUACAUUAAUAGCAUGUGUAUAUGCCCGAAAUGAAGUAACAUAUUCCAAGGAAUAAUCUACAUGUUCAAUUGGAUUGUCUACUUUUAAUUAAAAGAUGGGAGAGAAACUAGGUAAAAGACAAUCCUGGAAAAGUGAAUUAAAGUUAAGGGAAAUAAGACACAAUUAAAUUAUAAGAGAUAUUGAUUUGUUACUUUCUUUCUUUUUUUUGUUAUAUGUGGAUUGAUAUUAAACACCAAAAGUAUAAACAUGUUCAAUACACAAUCAUCUCAUCUACGUUAAUUAUAUAAACCUGAAGACCUAGUAGCAGUCCAAAAUAGAAUUAAAAAGUCAUGAUCAAUCAAAUCAUAGUGACUUUUGUGCUUGGCAUUCUAAUCAUACCAGCAAUUGUCAUCGAUGGAGAGUUUUCAGAUACUCAUGAUGCUAAAAUAGAUCUACUUUUAAAGAAACUCAACAAACCUGCUGUUAAAUCCAUCAAGAGUCCAUACGGAGGUAUAAUAGAUUGUGUCCAUAUGAAAAGUCAUCCUAUUUAUGAUCAUCCUUUAUUUAAAAACUAUACUAUUCAGAUGAAACCAAGUGGUGACCCCGAUAAAUGGAACAAUGAUACUUCAAAUAUAGUGACUCAACUCUGGACAAUCAAUGGAAAAUGUCCCCAAAAUACUAUUCCAAUCAGAAGAACGACAAGAGAAGAUAUUUUACGAGCGGAAUCAAUAGAAAGCUACGGCAAAAAAUAUCCCAACAACAUUCCUCGAAGAAAACCAGCCAAUUCGACUAAUGAAAUCCAUGAGUAUGCCACCCUCCGCGUAAAUGGAAUCUUUCGUGGAGCCGAAGCAGUUAUAAAUGUGUGGAAACCUUAUGUGCAAAUGCCAAGAGAAUUUAGCCUAGCACAAAUGUGGCUUGUGGCGGGUCCUCCUUCUAACCUUAACACUAUUGAAUUUGGUUGGCAGGUCUAUCCAGGACGUUAUGGUGAUGACAACGCUAGAUUCUUUAUUUACUGGACUGCAGAUGGGUACCGUUCAGGCUGCUACAAUAUUGAUUGUCCAGGCUUUGUUCCUGUCAAUCAAGCAUAUGUCUUAGGAGAACCUAUUGGUCAUGUUUCUACCUUAGGUGGUCAGCAAUAUGAGAUUCCGACAACUAUAUGGAAGGAUCCCCGGACAGGGAACUGGUGGUUGAAACUUAAUCACCAUGUAUUUAUCGGAUAUUGGCCUUCCAUAUUGUUCAAUCAUCUACGAAAUGGGGCAACCGAAAUUACAUGGGGAGGCGAAAUAACAAAUUAUAGAGUUAAUUUACAACAUACAAUGACAAACAUGGGAAGUGGGGGUUUUGCAUCGGAAGGAUAUGAAAGAGCUAGUUAUUUUAGAAAACUUAAGAUAUAUGAUGAAUGUAAUACAUGGAAACCAAUUCAUGAUCAUGUUCCUGAAUAUUUCACUACCCAAGAGAGUUGUUACAAUAUAAGAUAUGCCUACGAAACUGACUGGGGGGAUUAUUUCUUUUAUGGUGGUCCUGGUCGAAAUCUGUAUUGUACAUGAUUACAUAUUAACAUGUUGUAGAUGCAACUAUGCCAUUAUCAGUCAUCUAUGUUAUUUUCCACUAUCAUAUAGUGUUAGUGAUUUCCAAGUGAUUAUUAAAUGAUCCUUUUGGUCUUAACACCGAUAAAACGCAAUCAAAAAUCAUCAGAUAGUUUAAUGGAUUGAAUAUUUAGGUGAC